UGUUAGCUGUAAGUGGUAACACCAUUACAGGAAGUAGAGCAAAAGGUAUGGGAAAUGAAAUGCGAGCAGGUUUUAUAAAAGACGAGAUGGUUCACCGCGUGAUGGGUUAAAACAUUCAGAGAGCUAUUUGUGGUGUGCCGCUUUGCACAACAGAUACACACAAAACAGCAUGGAGACGCUUCUUUUUCUAUUUCCUCAAUUCAACUCCAUGGCCCCAAAGGAGGAAGCAUAUUUCAAAAUGUUUGGUCCACAAGACUCGCAGGCACCAAAGAUGAAGGACGAUUUUAGCAGACAGAAAGACAAGGAGAGGAAGAGCCGACUCAGCCUUUUUCUCACCAAGUCGGGCUCUCAUGAAAACGUCAGUCCCCAUAAAAAGACAAAUACGCCACCCAGCAACAUCUCACCAGAGGCGGCUUUGCAAUGGAGCGACUCCUUUGAAGAACUGCUGAAGCACUCAGAUGGGGUGGAAAGCUUCUCUCAGUUCCUCAGGACAGAGUUCAGUGAGGAAAACAUUGAGUUCUGGUUGGCCUGUGAAGAAUACAAGACCAUUGAUUGUGAGACCAAGCUGCUGUCCAAAGCCAAAUGCAUUUAUACGGUUUAUAUUGAAUCGGAGGCGCCUAAAGAGGUCAACAUCGACUACAACACCAAGAUGGCCAUUCAGAAGGUCAUGGCAAAGCCCACAAUGAGCUGUUUUGAAGCAGCCCAGAUAAAAAUCUACAGUCUGAUGAAGAAGGACUCCUUUCCCAGGUUCCUCAACUCUGACAUUUAUUUGGGUCUCACCAGGAAGAAAGGCCCUGGGGCCAACAUGUUUCGCAGAAGGUCACGCUCCUGUGUAUUCAACGACAGGGGUGAGGCUACAAAUGAACCUUUGGCCUGGUAGAGAUAGCAUUUCAAUGUUGUCCCUCACUCUGUGAAAUAGAUUUUUAAAUAACAGAUAUUCCAUGAGUAGCAUCAUAAUUGUUUAACCGCACAGUGCUAAUUAGCCACAGGUUUGCUUCUGCAGAUCGAGUGUGUUAUUUGCUUUCUUUUCAAGAAAUAGAUGAGAAUAUUGUUACCACUCAAGGAUGUAAGAUGAAUACAGCUACAGCCGUCUGGUUAGCUUAGCGUAUCAUAAAGACUGGAAGCAUAAGGAAAUAGCUAGCCUGGAUGUGCACAAAUCUCUAGCAAAAUACACCUACUGUAGCAUUAGGCAUAACAUGUUAUAGCUCUACUGUUUAAUCUAUUAAUUGACUGGAUAAAUUAAAUGAGGGUAGCCAGAGGGACGUAACCCAUUGGUUUGCGGAGUUUGGCAUUUUAGCCUUCACCAUCUUGGUUGUCUGAGACCAGAAGUGACCAUAUUUGAAUGAUAGGGUGAAGCUGAGGAAGAGCAAGGCCCUAACGAGGAACCAGCUAACGCUAGAGCUAGCUAGCUACUGACUUGGUUAGCAAGAGCUAGCUAGCUACUGACCUUGUAAGCAUUUAGCUUGAACAUAAUUCAGUAUUCUGAGGCUCUUUGCCCCAUUUAUUUUCCUCGCGGACGGCGGACAAUGUUUUUAUGAACCACACAGCUUCUGGUAUUCCAAGACCAAAAAGACGUUGUGCAGGCACGAAACAUAGGCUACUACCAAUAGAAAUACAUUGCUUUUAAAAUCGUUCUGUGUGACACGAAAGAAAUGCGAAAAUCGUGUUCAUGAACACGAAUCAAUAGAUUAAAUUUAUUUAAUUUCGUGACUAUAACACGAAAUGCCGUGAGACUGGGUUGUAUAUUACAAGUAAAAAAUGACAUGGGUUGCAGGAAUUACACUGAAACUUCCUGGAGUCUUUUGUUUGUUACCUGACAACUUCACAAAAAUUAGGACAACAACACUCAAGAAAGAUAAGCUAGCUGUAUCCCCUCAUUUCCGGCUAAGCUAAGCUAACUGACGGCUAGUGGUAGGUUUUUAUCUAUAAUACAGACAAUUGGUAUACAUUUUCUCAUCUCACUCUGUUUUUUCAUCUUGGCAAGAAAAUGAAUUAGCGUAUUUCCAAAGAUGUCGAACCAUUAAUAUACUACCCCUCUGUACAAGAGAUGACACCACUAGCCUUUCAGCCAUACGAAUACGUUUGAAAUGUUACGAGGCAAUUACUUCAGACAAAUGUGGUUAUCUUAAAAUAAUGUUCACCCUCUGGCCAGAUCAGAACUGAGUAUUCACUUUGCACAUAUGGAACAAUCUCUCUAUUUUCUUCCAUUGGGGUCAACAUACUGCUUGUGGAUUAAACCUUUAUUGCAGAAUUGUAUGUUACUUUAAAUCUUGCAAAACUUGAAUGACAGGCAGUGGGAUGUUUCGAGACAGAAUCUCAGCUGAAGUGCCUCAACGCUACCGACAGUACCCAGUCAGCCGUACAGGCAGCCACACUGAGGCCCCUCUCCUUCUUCAGAAGCAUUACACUUCAAUUGCUUUGUCUUCCAAACCAGCAAUAGAACUGUAUAUGUCCAUAAUACAGUUGAAAUGGUAAACAGGCUAAUUUUACCAUUUCUAAUUCAAAUGGACUAGAUUUUAUCCCUGGCACUGUCAAAAAACCUUUCAGUCUACCUUGCAGUGAAAGCCUGCAGCCAAGGUGACUGCAAAGCACUGAAUGCUUUUAAUGAGGGAUUUACAGUAUAUUCCUCUUUAUAAUGAAUACAAAUGUAUCAAUUUUCAGUCAGAAAAUCCAUAUCUCAUUUGAAUACUAAUAUGAAAUUAUAUGACUUAUGAUUGCUGCUUUUUCAGUUUGCUGCCAUCUAAUAUAAUUUAUCUAUGUUAAUAUGUUGCCUUGCUGUUGUAAAAUCUAUAUAUAUGUUUAAUAAAGUCGUUUUAAUGAGG